GGGGUCGUAUCUGUUCGGCCGCGCGCUCAUCCCGAGCUCGGGACAUUCAUCAGGCGACGCCGGCAGUAGAGGCACUCGCGGAAAUUCGCGCGCGUUCGUUCACGAUAUACCGUCGUAAUAGUACGGUAUCGACCGCGGCGACGUUAUAAUAUUGUGAAAUUAAUUAUUAUCGUACCUACGUAUAUAUAACCACCACCGACUGGCGACUUUUACUCCGGACUGUACAUACCUACCUAUAUAUAAUACACAACGAAUAUUGUAUUAUCGCGUUUAAACGAUUCGAUAUAACUAUAAUAAUACUUUCGUGUCAUAAAUCUCGACCUGCACGAUCAUGCAGCAGUCUAUACAGAUCUGUACGUUUUAUUUGCGGGGCUCUUGCCGGUUCGGCAACAAGUGUUGGAACUUGCACGACUUGACAGCUUACAAAUCGCCCAAGGUUAAACCGAAUAUCGGAGGUGCUACAGCUCCAGAUUAUUACGCAGAAGCUAGUUAUCCGCCAAUCGCUCCGAAUCCUACUGCUAGUGGCAUACCUAAAAGUAAAGUACAAGCACAAGGACUUCAUAUUGCUCUUGAAGCAUCAAUGAAACCAAAAUUAAAACAGUCCAACGAGUCUAAAAUAGAAAUGCAAAAGAUGACAAACGAACUUUCUGUGAUAAUAAAAACAGAAAAUGGUAAAAGCGGAAAAGAGAGUGCAAGUAAUUCACAAACACAGCAUCAACAAAAAACAAAAGAAAAUACUGAAAAUGACCAUUCCGAGCAGUGGAAUGAUGUUAUACAGUGUGCUAUUGACAGUGAUUUACAGUGCAACAUCUGUUUUGAAAUCUUUAUUAAGCCGACAGUACUUAAUUGUUCACACACUUUUUGCGAAUCGUGUAUAUAUGUUUGGACAAACCGAUCUAAAAAAUGUCCAAUUUGUCGUGUGCUAAUUAAAUCAAAAUCAUUUUGCUUGACUUUGGAUAGCUUCAUAGAGAAGAUUGUUGAACAUUUGCCGCAGGAAGUUAAACACAAACGCACGAUAGCAAUAAAAGACCGCAACAAGAUAAAAAUCGAAAAACCUCGAAUGAGCCAUAGGAUGAAUAGUAUAGAUCUUGCCGCAUUAUUAAGUUUGGAAGAGCUAAUCGAGGCUGACACACCACUACAAUACAUCGCGAUGGAUCGACAUGAUGAUAUCAAUGCAGACGUUAUUAUCGAGGAAUCGGAAAUGUUCAGAAUGAAUUUGCACGAUACAGUUGUAAACACCAGAGGUAUAAACCCUCUAAUGAGUUAUAUUGUUGUUCCCGAUGAACAAACUUCAAAUAGACCCAUAACCCGGCCAAAUAACCCUUCCAUUCGUCACUAAAUUCAGCCCUUUCGUAAUUGUUUUUUCUUAUUAUUAUUUAAUCAUUGAAUAUUAUUACCGAGCAUGUUUAUAACGUUGAUUUUUUAAUUAAUUAUUGAUUUUCUUAAUUCUAUGAAACGCUUAUUAGGUAUUAUGAAAAACUAUAAUGUUACCUAAAUAGUUACAAGUUACUGUUCUAUAUAUUAUAUUAUAUUAUAUACCUACGCAUACAUUUUUAUAAUACCUACUGUGCAGCGGCAUACCAAACAUAACUUUUUUAGGAGGGAAUCAGUGGUAUAAAUCUAAAAAACAAAUUGUAUCGAUUAGCCCUUAAAAAUUCAUACCUAUUUAAAUAAUUAUUUUAUGUGAGAUUCAAGCCAUCUAAAUUCAUAGUAGAGUUUAUUAUGUAGGUAAGAAAUUACCUAAUAUACACUUUUUUUGCUGUCUUCAUUGACAGCGUCGCAUUGCUUCCGCUGCGCAACUUACACUAUAAUACAACAACAUACUAAUACAAAUACUAUGCAAUACUAACAUACACUAUAAUAAUCUCAUAAAAAUAUAUAAUAUAUUAUGUAUUAUAAUAAAUUAAUAAUAAAACGUACUGGUAUACAUUUUAUACACCCAAGUGCCCAUGUGACAUAGGUAGCAACAGUAACUAUCAUAAUAUUGUCUUCUUAGUGAUAUCUAUUAACAUUGUCAUGAUUUUAACCAUUUUUUAUUAUUGUUGAGACUGGCUUUAGUUGUACUUUAUGUCUACAUGAUUUUAUCAAAUUAGUACCUUGUUGAUUGCUGCUAUGUAUUAUAAUUUUAUUUAGGCACUUUGUCAUAUUUAUAUAACUAUAAAUAUGAAUAGUUUUAUUUUUUUAGACUUCUCUGAAAAAGAUUAAUCUCAUACAAUGUGGAAUCUCUGACCCCAAAUCUCAUUUUUGAAUACACCUCUGUUCUUACUUAUAAUGGUUAUUGAUUACCUAUAUUACCUUCUCAUAAGGUAACUUAAAAAUAAAGUAUAGGUACCUCCUAUAUCUAUUUGUUGUUAUUAUUAUUAUUUUCUCGUUGAUACUUGUGUUAUGCUUUUAUGCUGUCCCGUUUAAUUUAUAUUUAUGUAUUAUAAAACACAUUAAUUGGGUUACACUUUAAAGAUUAUUGCAUUUAUAUUUGAUAAACACUAUAGACUAUCAAUAGUUUGAAGUCAAAGUGAAUAAAAUAAAUAAAUUAUACUUACGAGUUACGAGUUAUAAGAAAUAAAUUUAAGAGUGAAGCUGAUUUCACAAGUAUUUGUUUUUUAUCAAGUUAUCAGAACAUUGAAUAUUAAUUUUAUAAUGUGUUUUUAACUUCAUUUGUAACACUUAUUUGAUUUGUUUCUAUUUUAUUACAUUCGUAUCAAAAUAAUAAAAUUUAUAAACUGUAACUUUUGUUGUAACAACAGCAAUCUCACACUUAUGAUUAAGAUAAUAUAGUUAAUUAGGUAAAAUAUUUAUGUAUAGGAUUUUUUUUGGAAAAUUCUGUUAUUUUGCUUUCUAUCAACCUACCUAAUAUGCAUAUUAUGUGUAGGUUUUGGUGUUCUGGUAAUGUUUUUGAAAAGUUAAUAAAUUGAAUCAGAAUAUUUUGAUUUUAAUGUAUUGUAUAAAAGUAAUUUUAAAUUUUAAUAUAAUUUUGUAUUUUAAAGUACCUAAUUUAUGUGAUAAUAGCUUUGUUAUUUUACUAAAAUACAUUUUAUAAUACCUAUUUAAAAUCUAACAACUAGAAAAACUGCUACCUAUCUAUUAAUUAUUAUUUCUAUUAUUGCAUAAACAUAAUAUUAUUAAAUAAACAAAUAACGUAUAGGUAGAUUAAGUUAAAAAUAUUUUAUUUUGUGUGUAAACCACAUUUUUCACAGUUCCUAUUACCUUAUUCUGAGGUUAAAGUUACUGUCAUAAUUUCCAUACGAAUAAAUGUAAGUUGAGAAACUAUUAAAAAUACAAAUGAUAAAAGACAAAUCAAUUCAAAAUUUUUUUUAAAAUUCUACUUAUUAAUAUUAAAAUAUUCAGGUAUUGCAUGAAUGUUUCCAAUUAUACAAAAUACUUAUCGGCAAUCGUAUCAAUAUAAAAUGAAAAGUGAGUUAAAAAUGAAUUAUAAAAAGUUUUAAAAUAGGUACCUACAUUGUUAAUUUAUAUUAUGUGGUGAUGAAUUGCAUGUCUUGAAUAAUAAUGUGGUUAUAUAUUUAUUACUUAUCUAUCAUGUAUUUACCUCAUUAUAUUAUAUAAAUAAUUAUACAUUAAAUAUGUUUGCUAAUUUUUCUUUACUUUAAGGUCUAUAAGAUAAGUUUUAAUUUUUUAUUUGAUUAUUGAUAGUGGAACUCUGGAAUUGUUAUUAACAAAUUAAAAUACAGUAAACUAAAGUAAAAGUGAAAAGUAACAUUCAAAGGAUAAACAAAUUGGCCACCUUGGUCAAUUUGUUGUUUUAGUCAUAAAUAUAACAAUCAUGUACCUAUUGUACCUGUCAGUAGUUAGGAUAAACAGUAUGUAUGACCAAAAAAAGAGUAGGUAUAAAAACAAAAAGCAAUGUCAUUGUAUAAUGCCAGUCUGCUGUAUAAUAAUUUUUCUAGCUUGUUAAAAAUCUUUUGUUUGUAUCGUAUUAUACAUGUUAUAUUUAUUUUUAAAAUAGUAAUAGUAUGUUAAAUUGUUAGAAAAUAUAUUAGUAAACUUAUAAUUAUAUGCUUAUGUACUUAUAUUUACUUAAAUAAAAAGUGUGUGUAUUUA